AUGAAACGUAAGGACGUCCAGCCAGAGGAGCCUUCGGUGAUCCCAGAACCUUCUUGCGUCAGAGCAGCCGUUCCUCUCGCUCUGUCAGAAAGUUCUGAGGAGAUUUCGAAUUCCAAUAUCCAUGAUGAAUCCAGCGAUGAUGAAGUUCAGUCAGUAGACAAGACUACGCUAAAAGGGAAACCUCCUGCAAAGGUCCCUAAUCUUCGGGACCGAUUCUUUGCAUCUCCUUCCUACCCCCUCCUCGCUGCGCACCGAAAGCUUCGGCUAAGGGCAGGAGGACUGCCAGAAGAGAAUUCUCCGUGGUUGGUCAUUGGCAAUUUUAAUGCAAUUAAAGAUCCUUCCGAUCGCAUUGGCUGUUCUACCAACUGGAUUUCCUACUUUGAUGAAUUUCCCCAUUGCUUGGCCCGUGCGGAACUUAUGGACCUCAGAUAUGUUGGGUGCCGUUUCACUUGGUCCACCUCAUCUGGUGACGCGAGGAAAAUGAGGAAGAUCGAUCGCGUGCUCGUCAACGAGUUUAAGGCCAUUGUUCAACAAGCAUGGGAUAGUCCGGUUGCAGGCGUAUCCAUGUACCAACUUGUAUCGAAGCUUAAGAGAGUAAAGGCGCGGCUUAGAUCUCUUAACCGUGAGGCUUUCUCCGACAUUUCAGUCAAGGUGUUUGUUAAUUAUUUUUCUGAUCAGUUAUCUGCGAAGGAAGGGCUGAUCAAACCGUCCAUUGAUGAGGUGAGGCAGUAUGUUCACAAGACCCUGUCCCAAGACCAAUCAAGCUUCCUCAAUAUGCCGGUUUCUGAUUCUGAAAUCAAAAACACAUUAUUUUCGCUGGCAAAGGGCAAGGCCCCUGGCCCGGAUGGUUUUUCUGUUGAUUUCUACAAAUAUUGCUGGGAUUCUGUUGGCUCUUCAGUGCUCGAAUUAAUGCAUGACUUCUUCCGCAACGGUCGACUCUUAAAAGAGGUUAAUGCCACUACUCUAGUGCUUGUCCCUAAAGUGCCUAAUGCUAGUGCGGAUUCCAAGUGUGCGAUAAAAGUUGAUUUUCAUAAGGCUUUUGAUACUGUCGACUGGGAUUUCUUAGAGCUGGCCCUUGAAGCGUUUCGGUUUCCUUCCCAUUUUAUAAAGCUCAUUAUGGUUCAGCUCUCCCAUUUGUUUUUCGCCGAUGACGUUUUCCUGUUCUGUCAAGCGGAUUGGAAGUCGGUUGUUAUGUUGAAAACAAGGCUUGAUCUGUUCUCCUCUUGGAGUGGUUUACUUCCUAACAAGCACAAGAGCGAGAUUUUCAUGGCUGGUGGUGAUACUUCUAUCCGGAAUAGAAUCCUUUGGGCCUUCGGAUUUCAGGAGGGGAAAUUACCGGUCCGCUAUCUAGGUGUACCGAUUAUCUCUUCUAGAUUGAAUAGAGCGGACUGCAUAGCAUUGAUAGAUCGCAUUACCGCAAGAAUCCAAUCAUGGACGCAUCGGUUUCUAUCGUUCGCAGGUAGGCUGCAACUUAUAAGAUCUGUUCUUCAUUCCAUCCAAGCAUUCUGGACGAGCGUUUUCACUCUUCCAUCCUCGGUCCUAGCGGAUAUUGAGCGGAUAAUGAGGUGGGUGAUUGGAAAUGGAUACUCCGGCUCGCUGUGGCAUGACUAUUGGCUUCCAUGUGGUCCUUUGGAUGGAUUCAUCCCUACAUCUUUUAGGGACAGAGUUUGCCUUCCGGAUUAUGCAGUGGUAGCUGAUCUCUACUCCCGGUAG